GCUCAAGCAAACAAAGCAUCACACAGUUGGCAGAGGAGGGAGGGACGACGCUUACCUGGUUCUGCCAGAACAUCGAAUUUGUUACGGGAAACGAGGGUGCGAGAUAGAUUCUGUUAUGGGAACGAUUUGAUACAACGAUUUUGCUACGCAAAUUGAGCUUGCUGAGAUUGAGGAACUGCGAACUGCGACGGUGAGUGGCGGUCUGGCUGAUUGGUAAAACGGAUUUGACGGAACACCCGACGAUGAGCAACCGACCCGAUUGGUGGAAUGAGCGCUUUGUAUUUUUGCUAGUGAUUUAUUUGGGCUCUUUUAUAUUUUGACACACAAUCUUUGACACAUUAAUCACCUUAACUGAAAAAAUAUUCUGUCAAAAAUUAUUUUUUUGUCAAAAUAUGCAUACCAAAUAGGACAUAAACCAUUUUUGUCAUAUUAUAUAACCUAUUGUGACAAAACACAAAUGACAAUAAUAUUUUUGUCGUAAUAGGCCAAAUUUGUUGUAGUGCGGGGAACGUCUGGAUAUUCGGUUCCAAAUUCGGGUCCAUUGAUCGAGCUUUGAAGCUUAAUGUGCUUUCUGUCUCUCUCCUGGCAUGGAAUGCAGUCUGCAACUCAUUCCCCUUUCUGAUGUUGCUGCUACUAUGUUGUUGUGUACCCCUUAUCAGCACCUUCCUUGACUACAACAUAAACAUGGGCUCUAUGGACAAAAUUGCCUCUGAUGACCAAAUCUCCACCCUCCCAAGUUGGAAUUACAAAGCUGUCAAUGCCGACGAACAAAACGAAGACAACGAUGAACAUUCCAAUUUAGUCCUUCCAAUUGAGGUUAGUCCAACAAGAAAUCCCUCCUCCCUAGAUUGCACAGUUCUGUCACAUUCAAUCUUGUACAAAUUUUGACUUUCUUUUUCUUUACUUUGGUUAUGAUUAGGAAUGCUGCAUUUGUCUAGCCAAAUAAAGAGACAAUGAGGAAGUAAAGCAAUUGCCAUAUCUACAUAUGUUUCAUUUGAAAUGUGUGGAUCAGUGGUUGAAGAUAUUGCUUGUUUUUCUGAUGAAAAGAAAUCUCAAUAUACAAAUCAUGAUGAUAAAUUUUGGGGUUAUUUUUCACAACAAUACAGAUCAUUGGGCGAAAGCUAGUUUAACUUUCAGCUCACCGUGAGUAGUUUCACUUUGGCUAUUGGAAAAAAAGAGAAGCUUGUCUGGCCUGGAGAAUUUGGAUUGUUGGUCAUGAUAUUGGUUGCCCACUCAGUCUGCUCCUGCUCUACGAACGAUUCAGACAACUCUACAGCUCUCAUGGAGAGAAAGACUUCCCACUUCCCGAUCUUGAGCAGCAGAGAAUCGGCGACGAACCCAAGUGAAAUUAAUUUUUUUUUCAAAACCCUUUCUCAAGUCUUCAUUUUCGUAGUUCCUUUUUCGGAUUCCUGGCAAAAAACUCCCCCAUUCUCUAUGAAAAUGUAGCACUAUUUACAUAUGCACCCACUUGAUGAACAAAUGUCGGACUUCACUUGAGCUAUUCUUUAAAAUCUGAUUUGUGAUGAGGAACAACUGGAUAUUCGAUUCCAAAUUCGAGUCCAUCAACUGAACUCCAAAUCCGAAUGUGCUUUGCGUCUCUCUCCUGGCGUGGAAUGCAGUCUGAUACUCAUUCCCCUUUCUGUUGUCUCUGCUACUGUGUUGUUGUGUACCCCUCAUCAGCACCUUUCUUGGCUACAACAAAAACAUGGGCUCUGCAGAUAGAGAUGCUUAUGAUGACCAAAUUUCCAGCCUACCAAGUUGAAAUUACAAAGUUGUCGAUUCCAACGAACAAGACGAAGUCGACAAUCAAUAUUCCAAUUCAGUCUGUGCAAAUUACCUUAUAGCACAACUCUGUCACAUUCAAUCUUUACAAAUUUUGUUUAUUGUGGUGAUAAGUAGGAAUGAUGCAUUUGCCUAUCCAAAUACAAAGACAAGGAGGAAGUAAGGCAGUUGCCAAGUCUACAUAUGUUUCAUUUGAAAUGUGUGGAUCAGUGGUUAACGAUCAUAUCAUGGUGCCCUCUAUGCAAACAAGAACCGAGGAGAUGAUAGAUCAUUGAAGCUUCACUCAGUUCACGUUUUGAUCCUUCCAUGUUCUUCAAUCUUCAUUAUGAUAUGAGUUCUCUAGUAUUUUAUCUUAUGAAUUUAUUUUUCUUUUAUUUCUCUUAAUUCGGCUAUUGAUAUUAAAUUUUGUAUGCCUUUUUGGUGAAGAGAGGAGUGAGGAUUGGUGACGAGAGUGAGAGAGUUGGCUACCUAAAUGCUUGGCUUGUUUGUAUACAAAAAUGAGCUCACCAGUAUCCAUUUUUAACUACUCUGCUUGUUUGCUAGUUUUUUCUAACGAGAAGAAAUCUAGGUAUACAAAUCAUGAUGAUAAAUUUUGGGGCAAUUUCCCACUACAAUACAAAUCAUUAGGUGACAGCUAAUUUACCAUUCCGCUCGGCUUGAGUGUUUUCACUUCGGUUGUUGCAAAAAUAGAGAACCUUGUCUGUUCCAUGAGAACUUGGAUUGUUGGUUAUGAUAUUGGCUACAUGCUCAACCUGUUGCUGCUCUACGACCGAUUUAGACAACCCUACGAUUGUCAUGGAGAGGAAGGCUUCCCACUUCCCGAUCUUGCGCAGCAGAGAAUUAGCGAAGAAUCCAGGUGAAAUUAAAUUCCUUUUUUCAAAACUCUUUCUUAAGUCUUCUAUUUCAUGUAAUUCUGUUUUUUUAUUCCUGGCAGAAAUCCUCCAUAUUAUAUGAAACAGUAGGCAAUGUUUACAGAUGCACCCACUUGAUGAACAAAUGUCAUACUUCAAUUAAUCUGUUCUUUGCAACCUGGUUUGUGAUGAAGAAUGUCAGGAUAUUAGAUUCCAAAUGCAUGUAUAUCAAUCGAGCUCCUCAUCUGAAUGUGAUUUGCGUCUCUCUCCUUGCAUGGAAUGCAAUCUACUACUCAUUCCACUUUUUGCUGUUUCUGCUACUGUGUUGUUGUGUACCCCCUCAUCAACACAUUCAUUAGCUACAACAUGAACAUAGACUCUACAAAUAGAGGUGUCUACUAUGACCAAAUUUCCUGCCUCCCAAGAUGGAAUUACAAAGUUCUUGAUGCCAACGAACAAGAUGAAGUCGACAAUGAAAAUUCCAAUUCAAU